CUGCUGCCGCUGCUGCCGUUGGCUCUUAUUCUCCUCCUCCUCCUCCUCUCUCCUCCUCUCUGCUCCUCUCCGCUCCUCUCUCCUCCUCUCUCCUCCUCCUCCUCCUCCUCCUCCACCUCCUCCUUCUCCCCCUUUCUCUCCCCCUCUUUCUCUCUUCUUUUUUCUCCCCCGUCCCCCCGCCCCCUCCCCCUCAGGCCUGAUGAGCAGGUCUCGAGCCUCCAUCCAUCGGGGGAGCAUCCCCGCGAUGUCCUAUGCCCCCUUCAGAGAUGUACGGGGACCCCCUCUGCACCGAACCCAAUACGUUCAUUCCCCGUAUGACCGUCCUGGUUGGAACCCUCGGUUCUGCAUCAUCUCGGGGAACCAGCUACUCAUGCUGGACGAAGACGAGAUACACCCCCUUCUGAUCCGCGACCGGAGGAGCGAGUCCAGCCGAAACAAACUGCUGAGACGCACCGUCUCUGUGCCAGUGGAGGGGCGGCCCCACGGCGAGCAUGAAUACCACUUGGGUCGCUCGAGGAGGAAGAGUGUCCCAGGGGGGAAACAGUACAGCAUGGAGGCCGCCCCCGCUGCACCCUUCCGGCCCUCGCAAGGCUUCCUGAGCCGGAGGUUAAAAAGCUCUAUCAAACGUACCAAGUCACAACCCAAACUUGACCGGACCAGUAGCUUUCGACAGAUCCUGCCUCGAUUCCGAAGUGCUGACCAUGACCGGGCCCGGCUGAUGCAGAGCUUCAAGGAGUCCCACUCCCAUGAGUCCCUGCUGAGUCCCAGCAGUGCUGCUGAGGCCCUGGAGCUGAACCUGGAUGAAGACUCCAUUAUCAAGCCAGUACACAGCUCCAUCCUGGGCCAGGAGUUCUGCUUCGAGGUAACAACAUCGUCUGGAACAAAAUGCUUUGCCUGUCGGUCUGCAGCGGAAAGGGACAAAUGGAUUGAGAAUCUACAGAGAGCUGUAAAACCCAACAAGGACAACAGCCGCCGGGUAGAUAAUGUGUUGAAGCUAUGGAUCAUAGAGGCUCGAGAGCUGCCCCCCAAGAAGCGCUAUUACUGCGAGCUGUGCCUGGAUGACAUGCUGUAUGCUCGGACCACCUCUAAGCCCCGCUCAGCCUCUGGAGACACCGUCUUUUGGGGCGAGCACUUCGAGUUUAAUAACCUGCCUGCUGUCCGGGCCCUGCGGCUACAUCUAUACCGUGACUCAGACAAAAAGCGGAAGAAGGACAAGGCGGGCUACGUUGGCCUGGUGACUGUUCCGGUGGCCACUCUGGCUGGGCGCCACUUCACAGAGCAGUGGUACCCCGUGACCUUGCCAACAGGCAGUGGGGGCUCUGGGGGUAUGGGCUCAGGGGGAGGAGGGGGGUCAGGGGGUGGCUCAGGGGGAAAAGGGAAAGGAGGUUGUCCUGCCGUGCGGCUGAAAGCCCGUUACCAGACCAUGAGUAUCCUGCCCAUGGAGCUGUACAAGGAGUUUGCCGAGUAUGUGACCAACCAUUACCGCAUGCUGUGUGCAGUGCUGGAGCCUGCCUUGAAUGUCAAGGGCAAGGAGGAAGUUGCCAGUGCACUGGUUCAUAUCCUACAGAGCACAGGCAAGGCCAAGGACUUCCUUUCAGACAUGGCCAUGUCAGAGGUAGACCGGUUCAUGGAGCGGGAACACCUCAUAUUCCGCGAGAACACGCUCGCCACUAAAGCCAUAGAAGAGUAUAUGAGACUGAUUGGCCAGAAAUACCUCAAGGAUGCCAUUGGGGAGUUCAUCCGUGCUCUGUAUGAGUCUGAGGAGAACUGUGAAGUCGACCCCAUCAAGUGCACAGCGUCCAGUCUGGCAGAGCACCAGGCCAACCUGCGGAUGUGCUGUGAGUUGGCCCUGUGCAAGGUGGUCAACUCCCAUUGCGUGUUCCCGAGGGAGCUGAAGGAAGUGUUUGCAUCAUGGCGGCUACGCUGCGCAGAGCGGGGCCGGGAGGACAUUGCUGACAGGCUGAUCAGCGCCUCGCUCUUCCUGCGCUUCCUCUGCCCCGCCAUUAUGUCGCCCAGUCUGUUUGGGCUUAUGCAGGAGUACCCAGAUGAGCAGACCUCACGAACCCUCACCCUCAUCGCCAAGGUCAUCCAGAACCUGGCCAACUUUUCCAAGUUUACCUCAAAGGAGGACUUCCUGGGCUUCAUGAAUGAGUUUCUGGAGCUGGAGUGGGGCUCUAUGCAGCAGUUCUUGUACGAGAUAUCCAACCUGGACACCCUGACCAACAGCAGCAGCUUUGAGGGCUAUAUAGACCUGGGCCGCGAGCUCUCCACACUUCACGCCCUGCUCUGGGAGGUGCUGCCCCAGCUCAGCAAGGAAGCCCUCCUGAAGCUGGGCCCACUGCCCCGGCUCCUCAAUGACAUCAGCACAGCCCUGAGGAACCCUAACAUCCAAAGGCAGCCAAGCCGCCAGAGUGAACGGACUCGGUCUCAGCCCAUGGUGCUGCGAGGGCCAUCAGCCGAGAUGCAGGGCUACAUGAUGCGGGACCUUAAUAGCUCCAUCGACCUUCAGUCCUUCAUGGCUCGAGGCCUCAACAGCUCUAUGGACAUGGCUCGCCUCCCCUCCCCAACCAAGGAAAAACCACCACCCCCACCGCCUGGAGGGGGUAAAGACCUGUUCUAUGUGAGCCGGCCGCCGCUGGCCCGGUCAUCCCCAGCGUAUUGCACAAGCAGCUCGGACAUCACGGAGCCGGAGCAGAAGAUGCUGAGUGUCAACAAGAGCGUGUCCAUGCUGGACCUUCAGGGUGAUGGGCCUGGGGGCCGCCUUAACAGCAGCAGCGUCUCCAACCUGGCCGCCGUCGGGGACUUGCUGCACUCAAGCCAGGCCUCGCUGACAGCAGCCUUGGGUUUGCGGCCUGCACCUGCCGGGCGCCUCUCUCAAGGGAGUGGCUCUUCCAUCACUGCAGCUGGCAUGCGCCUCAGCCAGAUGGGAGUCACUACGGAUGGUGUCCCUGCCCAGCAACUGCGAAUCCCUCUUUCCUUCCAGAACCCUCUCUUCCAUAUGGCUGCUGAUGGGCCAGGGCCCCCGGCAAGCCACGGAGGGAGCGGUGGUCACGGUCCACCUUCCUCCCAUCACCACCACCACCACCAUCACCACCACCGAGGGGGAGAACCCCCAGGGGACACUUUUGCCCCAUUCCAUGGCUAUAGCAAGAGCGAGGACCUCUCUUCAGGGGUCCCCAAACCCCCUGCUGCCUCCAUCCUUCACAGCCACAGCUACAGUGAUGAGUUUGGACCCUCUGGUACUGAUUUCACCCGUCGGCAGCUCUCACUUCAGGACAACCUACAGCACAUGCUGUCCCCUCCCCAGAUUACCAUCGGUCCCCAGAGGCCAGCUCCCUCAGGGCCGGGAGGGGGCAGUGGUGGGGGCAGUGGUGGGGGUGGUGGGGGUCAGCCACCUCCCUUGCAGAGGGGCAAGUCUCAACAGUUGACAGUGAGUGCUGCCCAGAAACCCCGGCCGUCCAGCGGGAACCUAUUGCAGUCCCCGGAGCCAAGUUAUGGUCCUGCCCGUCCUCGGCAACAGAGCCUCAGCAAAGAGGGCAGCAUUGGGGGCAGCGGGGGCAGCGGUGGCGGAGGGGGUGGGGGGCUCAAGCCCUCCAUCACUAAGCAGCAUUCCCAGACUCCAUCCACGCUUAACCCCACGAUGCCGGCCUCAGAGCGGACCGUAGCCUGGGUCUCCAACAUGCCUCACCUGUCGGCUGACAUCGAGAGCGCACACAUCGAGCGGGAAGAGUACAAGCUCAAGGAGUACUCGAAGUCCAUGGACGAGAGCCGGCUGGACAGGGUGAAGGAGUACGAGGAGGAGAUACACUCGCUGAAGGAGAGGCUACACAUGUCUAAUCGGAAGCUGGAGGAGUAUGAGCGGAGGCUGCUGUCCCAGGAAGAGCAGACCAGCAAGAUCCUGAUGCAAUACCAAGCCCGCCUGGAACAGAGCGAGAAGCGCCUGCGGCAGCAGCAGGUGGAAAAGGACUCCCAGAUCAAGAGCAUCAUUGGCAGGCUGAUGCUGGUGGAGGAGGAGCUGCGUCGGGACCACCCCGCCAUGGCUGAGCCGCUGCCUGAACCCAAGAAGAGGCUGCUCGACGCUCAGGAGAGGCAGCUUCCCCCCUUGGGUCCAACAAACCCGCGUGUGACGCUGGCCCCACCUUGGAACGGCCUGGCCCCCCCAGCCCCACCCCCCCCACCCCGGCUGCAGAUCACAGAGAACGGCGAGUUCCGGAACACCGCAGACCACUAGCCCACCCAGCAUCACAGACCUCCUUCCCUGUACACCUUACCCCGGCCCACCCAGCGUCACAGACUCCUUCCUUGUGCACCCCACCCUGGAACAUCACCAACCACCGGGACUGGACGCCACCAAGGGACAGCAGGAUUGUCUCCCUUAAUGCCUCCUUGGGGCACCCAUCUGCCGACUCCACUGCUCCAUUCUAGGAGGGAGAGUGGGACCCUCAGCUGCCCUCUUUCACCCCAGGACACCACCUACCCCACACAGACCCCUUCACUCUGGGGUGCUAUCCCCAUCCUCUGCCUCAUAGUUCCCCUGAGCACUGGGGGACAGACCCUCACCCCCACACUGGGGGUGUGGCACCUCCAAACUUUCAACUUCAGGGUGAUUUUUUAGCAGUAACCAGAGCUGACAAUCUAUAACUCCCUCUACCACCCCAUUUUGGCCUCCCCUGCCCCCCUUGUUAUGGGGAGGGGACCCCGGGUGAGGGGCCCUGUUACCCCUUGAUUUCUCAGGAGCGUCUGGGGGGGCUCAGCGCGCACAACUCCUUCUCCUCUUCCCACUCUUACAUUAACUCCCCACCCAGAACCCAGAUGGGGUGGAGGGGCCACCGGGGCAGGGAGGGGGCGGCAAGGGGGGAAUGGGAGUUGCCUCCCCUUCUUCCCACACCUGAUCUGCUCUUGGCUGGUCCCAGAGCGGGGUGAGGGGGCUUAUGCCCCCCCCUCCCCCAGUGUGUUGGGUGGGGUGGGAUUGAGGUUCGGAUGAGGGGUUAGGGUCUAGGAGGCCAUGUGUGUUGGGUUGUAGAGGACAGACUAGCUCAUCUGCCCUACCCUGAUGCGCAGCCGGCCCUCUACCCCUUCCCUCUCUUGUCUCUACUCCCAUGGGGAGGGGGGAACUUACUCUAGGAAAAGCCAUGUCUCUCUCCCCCAGGAUGGGGGGACCUGUGUUGGAGGAUGGUGUUUGGGGGCCCCCUUACAUGACUCUGUCCCCUGGGGGAGGUAGGACAGGGCUGGGCUUCCCUCUCACCCUCCCCCUCACCCAGUCUCCCUCCCUCCCGCCAGCUCCACGCUUUUUCGGUGUUUUUCUGUACAUAGCUCUCUGGCGGAAUAGGGGAGGUAGGAUGGAUGGGGUUUGGGGUGGGUAGGCCACGGAAGGGGAGAAACCCCUCCUGGGUACCCCCUCUUCUCUGACUGCUGCCCCUUACCCAGCCUUGUCUCUUCACUCCUUCUUGCGUUUGGUAUUGAGAAUUCUUCCCAGACUCCAGACUCGACCUUUCUUUUGUAUGGACAGCUCUCCUUCAGUCUUAUCCCUCUACAUACACCUACCCAGCCGGGGCCAAAUUUAUACUUAUAUAAAAGUUGUAAAUAUGUGAAAUUUUAUCCCACACCCUUUCCUCUGCUUCCCCUCAGGCCUUACCCUUGGGCCUCCUCCCUUCUCUUGGCUGUUGUAAUUAUCUGGGGUUUGUACUGUACAUAAUUGGGGUGGGGGGCUGGGAGGCGACCCCUCUGUACAGUGCUUCCUGGCUCCCUAGCCCCACCCCUCACUUCCCUCCCCACCCACCACCUUAAGAGUAGGGAGAAGAUCUUCUUACUCAUUUUUUUUGUUGUUUGUUUACUCGUUUGCUCCUGGACUCUUGGUCCCCCACCACUGCCCCCCCUUUUCUCCCACCCCCAGGCCCAUCUCUCUCUCUCUCUCUCUCUUUUUUUUUUUUUCUGGAGUGUGUGGUGAAACAGAAAACUCAUGUUUAAUAAACGGAGAUUGUUCUUUUA